GCAAUAUAACUUUUCGGAGGCGUGGUUUAUUAAAGACCGCCUGAACUUGCUCCUGUUAGCCUUAUGCUAGGCGGUGUCACAUGGGAACAAUUUAAGAGUGGAGCUGAACUUGAAACCGCUGUGCUUUAACUCUUCACCUAGUGACAACCAACACAGCAACAUGGCAGGCAUCGGCAGGCUCUCCACUAAGGAUGCGGUGCUCUUCCUGUGUGACAUGCAAGAGAAGUUCCGACCCAAUAUCUUCCAGUUCACCAACAUUGUCAGCAAUGCCGCCAGAUUGCUGCAGGCCAGUCGGGUUCUAAGCAUCCCUGCCAUUCUAACGGAGCAGUACCCUAAAGGUCUGGGACCCACAGUGCCGGAGCUGGGAGCUGGAGAUUUGACCCCGCAUGCUAAAACAUCAUUCACCAUGAUGAUCGAGGACGUGGAGAAGGCCCUGCAGGCCUUAGGGAACCCCAAACAAGUCAUACUAUGUGGGAUUGAGGCGCACGCUUGUAUUGCGUGUACAACGUUUGACCUGCUGGAAAAGGGAAUGGAGGUGCAUAUUGUGGCUGACGCCGUCUCAUCGCGGAGCCAGACAGACCGCUUGUUUGCUCUGUCCCGCCUGAAGCAGAGCGGCGCCUUCCUCACCACCGCCGAGGCCGUCCUGCUGCAGCUGGUCCAAGAUGCCAAACACCCAAAUUUUAAGGAGAUUCAGAAGCUCAUGAUGCACCCGUCUCCUGACACCGGCCUCCUCGCCGCCUUCAGCGCCCUCUAAGACCUUUUUCCAUCAAAUUCCUGUCUACAAAGCCAUCCAUCAAUAAAGCUAUACUGUCCUA